CUCCUAAACGAUUAGGAUCAUCUCGUCAUCUCUCCUCCAAUUUCAUCCGAUUUCCUCUCAACAAUCCAUCAUUAUCUCAUCAACUUCCAAAACCCACUUGAUUCAACCAUAAAUCUAACCUCAAUUUCUCCUUCCAAUUGAUGUUCGCUCUUCGAUUUGGGGAUUCAUUGAUUAAUUCCAGGUAAACUCACUAUUUACCGAUUUACUGUUUGAUUUCGAUCAUAUACUGUGUUCGUUAGGGUUUGUUUAGUUGAAAUUUUGAUCUAUUUGAGAUGGAUGGAAACAAAGACGAAGCGUUGAAAUGUUUAAAGAUCGGGAAAGAUGCAUUAGGGUUAGGCGAUCGAGCUCGUGCCUUGAAAUUCAUCUCGAAAGCUCAACGUUUAGAUCCGUCUCUUCCCGUUGACGAUCUGUUAUCGACUCUAGAAGGUAAUCCGACUAACGAAUCAUCGAAGUCGCCGGAGAGUGGUGCCGGUGAUGGUGAUAGUUCUGGUGUUCGUCGUAGGGUUCCAACAACCGGAUCUUCAUCGGGUUUGGGUUUGGGUUCGGGUUCAGGAUUAGGAUCAUGUACAGCUGAACAGAUCACAAUUGUGAGGGAAAUUAGAAGGAAAAAGGAUUACUAUGAUAUACUAGGUUUGGAGAAGUCAUGUAGUGUUGAAGAUGCUAGAAAAGCUUAUAGAAAAUUGUCCUUAAAAGUUCAUCCUGAUAAAAACAAAGCACCUGGAUCCGAAGAGGCUUUCAAAAAAGUCUCGAAAGCUUUCCAGUGUUUGAGUGUCGAUGAGAAUCGGAAAAAGUACGAUCUUCUCGGAUCAGACGAGCCCGUUUAUGAACGGCAAACCACUAGGCAGCGGGCUCAUCAAGGGUUCCGUAACGGGUUCUUUCACGAAGGAGAUGUUGAUGCAGAUGAAAUCUUUAGGAACUUUUUCUUCGGAGGAAUGAACGGUCCUCGAACCACCACCACACAGUUCACUGGGUUCAAUUUUGGGACCGGGAUGGGGACAAGAACGGCUGAUAAUGGUUCAAACGGGUUUAACACUCGGGCUUUACUUCAAUUGUUGCCCGUGCUUCUGAUUCUGUUGGUGAACUUCUUGCCAUCCAAUAAUGAGCCAAUUUAUUCCCUUUCGAGGAGUUACUCUUAUGAGCACCGUUUCGUUACGCAAAAAGGGGUUAAUUUCUUUGUGAAAUCACGCAAUUUUGAGCAGGAUUAUCCGUUGAAUAGUCCAGAACGAGUUCAACUUGAAGGAAGGAUCGAACAUGACUACUUGUCGAUUCUUUCUCACAAUUGCCGGCUAGAAACACAGCGACUUCAUUGGGGUUAUCAACGCUCAACGCCUAACUGUGACAUGUUGAAGCAGUUUGAUCCUAGUUUGGUUUCUUGAUUUGAAGAUUAUCUGAUCCUCGAGUCAAAAAAUUCUUGAAGCUCCGACAAUGUUUCCUCUUCGACCAUGGAUCUUGCAAGUCGGUCUGUCUUCUGGUAACUGGUUUUUGCAGCGAAGUUGUAAAAGCAACUUCAGACACCUAUUAUAGCGUAAAACUUGUACGCGAUAUUUUUUAUGUUUGAAAUUACGUCUGGUUAUACUCGAUCAUUUUGCGCGAAUUUGGAGUAUUUGACUAUUUGUGUUAUAAAUACUAGCACCAUUUUCU